AUGGGGUCCCACUGUAACAGUUUCUCAGUCUCUGUUGCUGCUCACACUUUUGCUGCAGAAAUUCCUGACUUCCUGACAGAGGAAGAGUGCAAACUCAUUGUCCACCUGGCACAGCUGAAGGGGCUGCAGAAGAGCCAGAUCCUACCAACGGAUGACUACGAGGAAGCCAUGGAAAUGAUAGAAAUCAGCCAGAUGGACAUUUUCAAUCUGCUGGACCACAAUCAGGAUGGGCAGCUGCAGCUCAAAGAGGUGUUGACCCACACCCGGCUUGGGAAUGGCAGGUGGAUGACCCCUGAAAACAUCCGGGAGAUGUACACUGCAGUCAAGGCUGAUCCUGAUGGGAAUGGUGUGCUGAGUUUGGAGGAGUUCAAACAACUGAAUAUCCGUGAUUUCCACAAGUACAUGGGAAGCCAGAAAGUGAAGAUGAGUGACUUGGUGCGCAACAGCCAGCACACCUGGCUGUACCAGGGCGAGGGGGCACACCAGGUCAUGAGAGCCAUACGGCAAAGGGUGAUGCGCCUGACUCGCUUGCCCCCCGAGAUUGUGGAGCACAGCGAGCCCCUCCAGGUUGUGCGGUACGACCAAGGAGGGCACUACCAUGCCCACAUGGACAGUGGCCCUGUCUUCCCCGAGACUGCCUGCAGCCACACGAAGCUGGUCGCCAAUGAAAGCGCUCCCUUUGAGACCUCCUGCCGGUAUGUGACAGUGCUGUUCUACCUGAACAAUGUGACUGGGGGAGGCGAAACUGUCUUUCCUAUAGCUGAUAACAGGACAUAUGAAGAGAUGUCUUUGAUCCAGAACGAUGUUGACCUGCGAGAUACUCGGAAAAACUGUGACAAGGGCAAUUUGCGAGUGAAACCUCAGCAAGGCACUGCCGUCUUCUGGUACAACUACCUGUCAGACGGAGAAGGCUGGGUGGGGGAGCUGGACGAUUUCGCCCUGCAUGGGGGCUGCCUGGUCACCCAAGGCACCAAGUGGAUCGCCAACAACUGGAUCAACGUGGACCCCAACCCCCCCGGCGCCACCACCGCCCUCCUGGCCUCCGGGCCCGACGGGGAGAUGCUCUGGCUGGACGUCACCCACCGCCCCGGGCAGGCACCCUGGGUGCGGCUCAUGGGACGCUACCUGCUGCCCCCCUGCAAGCAGCGCUGGCACACCUGCGCAGCCUUCCUGCCUCAGGGAGGGCUCCUGGUCUGUGGGGACCGCCGGGGCUCCCUCCUACUCUUCCCUUGCAGCAGCUCCCUGGGGUGGGCUGUGGAAAGCGCCGGCAUUGCCGACGGCGGCACCAGCCCGGCUCUUCCCCUUGAGGCCCCGCUGUCCAUGCUCUUCGGGCUCCACGGGAAGAUGGGGGUUACCUCGGUGACCUGCCAUGGGGGCUACAUUUACAGCACCGGUCGGGACGGCUGCUUCCACCAGCUCCGCCUGCAGGGCCAGCAGCUGGAGGUCCUGCGGAAGCACAGGCCCUGCAAAGGGUUGCAGUGGAUCGAGGAGCUGCGCUUCACCCCGGAUGGGGACCUGCUCGUGCUGGGCUUUCACGCUGACAACUUUGUGGUGUGGAGCAGCAGGACCGGUGAGAACCUCCACUGCAUCCCCUGUGGUGGGGGGCACCGCUCCUGGAGCUACUGCAGCAACGCCUCAGCUGAGGCCUUCGCCUUUGUCAAGUGCGGGGACGUGAUGCUGUACCACCGCGAGGCCGAGCCCUGUGAGCAGCAGGUGCUCCUGGAGUCCCUGCACGGGCGGGAGAUCGCCUGUGUGCGGCACCUAGGGGCGGUGGAGGUGCCCGGCCACGCCACCCUUAACGUCUUCGUCACUGGCAGCGAGGACACCACAGCCUGUGUCCUCGCACUCAGCGAGCGCUCCCGGGCGGCCAUGCCCCUCACCCGGCUCAGCGACCACAUCUCCAGUGUGAGGGCGCUGGCGCUGGCUGGCCCCACGGGACCCGGCGACAAGGGCUUUGGCGAUGAGGGCUUGUGCACCCUGCUUUUCUCUGCGGGUGGCCGGGCGCAGAUCGAGUGCUACCGGCUCCUGUGUGCCGGGGACCCAGCCUCUGAGAGCGCCGUGGCCUGCCAGGUCAUCCACGUGGCCUCCCACCGGCUGGACAAGCACUGGGAGCGGAAGAAGAACAGGCACAAGCUCGUCAAGAUGGACCCGGAGACGAGGUACAUGUCCCUCUCAGUCGUGCCUGGGACCAGCUCCGAGCAGCUGCUAGCACCCUGGAAGUUCCUGGCUGCCGCCUGCAGCGAUGGAUCGGUCCGGGUCUUUGGGCUGCUGGAGGCCGCCCGGAAGCUGGUGUUGGUGGCAGAGUCGUUUCACCACCAGCGCUGCGUGCUGAAGGUGGAGGCGUUCCUGCACACGCUCCCCCAACACCACCCUUCUAGGAGGCACCUCCUGUGCAGCGCAGCCACCGACGGCAGCAUCGCCUUCUGGGACAUCACCAGCCCCAUCACAGAUGCGAUGGAUGCCCUGCACCGAGCGGAGGGGGAGAUACAGCCCCUGGCCCUGGGCACCCCGCUGCUCACCGUCAUGGCCCACAGCUGCGGCGUGAACAGCCUCCACAUCCGCGAGACACCAGAGGGACACUAUCUGGUGGCCAGCGGCAGCGAUGACGGCUCCAUCCACAUCUGCCUGCUGGAGGUGGCCCUGGGCAGGGGCAAGGCCACGGCGGGGACCUGCCUGCGCAUCCUGGAGCGGGUGGCCAGGCCCUGCGCCCAUGCCGCCCACGUGACAGGGAUCCGGGUGCUGCGGCCGGACCUGCUGCUCUCUGCCUCGGUGGACCAGCGCCUGACGCUGUGGCGCCGGGGCCCGGGUGGGCUGGAUGCGCUCAGCACCACCUUCUUCCAUGUGCUUGACCUGGCCGAGCUGGACUGCUGGGAGGUGGCGGAGGCCGGGGGGGAGCUGCGGUACUACUGCGUGCUCUGCGGGCGGGGCCUGGAGAUGCUGCAUGGCAUUGCUCCCCCGGAGCCCCCUCUGCCAGGGGCUCCCCACUAAUGGGACAGCAUGUCUGGGGUGCUCAAUGCUGGCAGUCUCAGCAGAGAAGGCAGAUGCGACCCCCUCCUGGACAAGCCUGCGGCUCCCUAGGCAGUAAAGGAGUGGGGUCAUCAGCCCACUCUGCCCAGGAGAAGUUCCUCCUCCCCGAGGUGUGAGGGACCCAUGUCCAGGCCUUCCGGUCCUGGAACCAGAGAGGAACCUGCUCGGGAGGGUGCUGAGCACCGUGCCUGGCCCUAGGAGCUUGAGGGCAGCAGCAGGCCAAGACCAGUCAGGCACUGGUAUAGCACAUGGCAGGCUGCAGCCUCAUGCUCCCUGGGACAGGGUCUUGUGUGACAGUCCUGACCCUGCAGUGCUGGGGAUGGUGCUGAAAUGAGUGGGGACGCUGAUCCUUUGCAGCAGCAUCCUGCAUGGCGAGGGGCAGCAGCCCACACG